AUGAAUAUUUUGAUUGUUCUGUGUGUGGCUGUGGGGUCAUUUCCCUGCCUAUUGGGAAAGCCGGAAAAAUCGGACGUUGGGUCGGAUUUGGGGAUGAAGAUUUUCGAUCAAGUUGCCAAGGCCCAACCAACAGAAAACAUUGUCAUGUCUCCACAUGGAAUGGUAUCAUUGCUUUGGAUACUACAAUUUGGAGCUGAUGGAGAAACAAGAAAGCAAUUGAACGAUGUUUUGAAAUACAGCCAACAUGAUACUUAUAAACGGCUCAAAACGGUACACAAGUCAUUAACUGCAAGCAAAAAUGAGGAUGCCGUUACUUUUGCAACUGGAAUAUUUGUACCAAGUGACCUUGUAUUAGAAAAAAGCUUUAUUAAGCAGUGUUCUAAAAUUUAUAAAGCUGAGCCGACAAAUGUGAAUUUUGCUGAAUCUGAAGCAGCUGCAUCAAUAAUCAACACAUGGGCUAAUUCUCAUACUAAAGGUAUGAUCACAGAGAUAAUUUCCCCAAGCACUCUCGAUGAAGCUACCAAGCUUCUAGUCGCCAACGCAAUAUAUUUUAAGGGUGCGUGGAAAUCUAAAUUUAACGCAGCAUUGACGAAUGAGCAAGAUUUCACUGGAGCUGAUGGAAACAUGUAUCGAGUUCCCAUGAUGUUCAGAAGUUCAAAAUUCAUGCUUGCAGUUUGUUUUUGUCACACAACUGUGUUCCAUACUUUGAACAGGGAGAUUUCCUGCUGUACAAGAAACUUGUCUUCAAAUUUUGAGAUGAUUUGCUUUUGUUUUAUAGGUACAGCCAGUACGCCUAAUGAAGUGAAAUAUGAUGUUCUCCAGCUACCAUACAAUGGGGCAGCCUGCAUGUUUUUUAUCCUUCCAACGGAUCGUAAAACCGCUCUCACUGAAAUAACUCCUCACAUCAAUGUAAAUAGUAUAAAAGAGUGGAAGAAAAUCAUGGAACUAAUGAAGGCUGACGUUACUAUCCCUAGAUUCACUGCUGAGUCAGAGACUAACUUGGAGAAAUUACUUGUGCCUCUUGGAAUCACAAAUAUAUUUGAACCAGACACAGCGAAUUUCAAAAAGCUCACUAAGGGUCUUGGUCUGUAUGUUUCCCAAAUCCUGCAUAAGGCUAAAAUUGAAGUAAACGAGGAGGGUACGGAGGCCUCUGGAAUGUCAGCUGCAAUGUUUAUGCUUAAGUCGUUGCCUCCUCAAUUUACUGCAAAUAGACCCUUUCUUUAUAUGAUCUGGCAUGAAACAACAGCUCUGGACAAUAUCCAGUAUUUUGUUGCAGGAUGUGAAUCCUUUAUAAGAGAAUUGUUUUUGGAUUGCUCCGAAUAUGUGCACAUGCCCCAGAACCUGUGGGUCCAUAAAGGUCAUGAUUAG